UAAUGGGUAUAUAUAAUUAAUUGAUAAGUCCAAAAAUUGAUGUAGCAGCUAAGGAUUCUAGCUUUAAAUGAUUCUUGUCUCUUUUUUUUUUCUCCAGAAGUGACAGUCAGCAGAAAUCAAAAUCAUGAACAAUUAUCCUGGGAUAUGCUUAGUGUUCUGUUUUGCAAUAUUUGGAUUGGGUAAGCCAUCAUUUUUUUUGUCUUCACGCUCUGCCAUUGAAGUUGGUUCUUUGAUACUGUUGAGUCUCACCUAGCUCUCAAGAACUGAAGGCCAUACAGCCAUAGGGUUUGCAUUUACAAUGCUCUGUCUAACUGUUAAUAAUCACUGCAUGCAAUACGGUUAUGCAAUAUGGAAACCUCAAACUGUACUUUUAUAUCACCCUCAAAUAAUUGUACAAAUACAAAAUAUGCAUUUACUGUGUGCCGUUUUAACAGAUUCCCACAGAGGUGUUUUGCAUUGCACUUCCUGAGCUAAUGGAAACUCAGGAGGAAACAAAAGCUUGAAGCUGUGUUAGACAAAAAACAUCAGUUGAAAUUUGUGGUAAAACAGUAUGUUUUGUAUUUGUAAAGUUAUUUUUGGAUGAUAAUCAAGUUGUGUUCAAGUUUUCCAAAACUAUAACGCAAUCUAGGUGGAGCAUUUCACAUUUGACCAAAUCACAUCAGCUAAUCAAAAGGGAUGUGGAAUGACUCGAGUCAGGAGAACGGCUAAGUGUCUCACCUUGUUUUCUCAGGCUCUGCCAUCCGCUGUGUCAAAUGCCAGGAUUACACAGGGAGCUGCACAAAAACACAGGACUGCAGUUAUGAGGAUGCCUGCCUGACACUGACUGAGAGAGGUGCAGUAAAAUGUGUAAUCUGAAACAAAUUAUGAAAGUACUCCAUGUUUCUGCAUUAUCCUAUGUUCUUUGGCACAGGGGGACAGACAUAUCGGCAGUGCAUCAAGUACUCUGACUGCGACUUCAAUCGACUGGCCCAGACGUUCCCAGCUGUACCAAACUUCAACUUCAAGUGCUGCACCAGUGACCUAUGCAAUGGAGCCACAUCCAUUGGCACUGGCAAGCCCUUGCUGGGCCUUCUGGCCUCAUUGGCAGUGAUGUGGUGGUGUAUGCACUAACCUCUCCCCACACUUACGCCUUAGAAGCUCUAAUGCUGCCUUUCUACUCAACAUAAGCCGCUGAUGGAAUGGCAAGCAGGAAGAUAUGGGCCAAUGGCUCAUGCUGAAAAUAUGCCCUAUUAGUAUUUGCCUGACUUACUGUUGAUCAUUUGUAAUGUAUAAUAUUUAAUUUGACUCUUUGCACUUAAUUUAUUUUUUAAAGCUUUCUAUGAUAACCUAUUUGUUGAUUACCAAUGCUUUGUGCUUCAGCCCAAGGGCUGAAAAUAGGAAACGUGCUCAUGAGUUUGGAAAAGGUAUAUCAUUCAAACAAUCCGCUUUUGAGGCUUGUAAAAUGGACUUUGGCACUUAACAAUUUCCAUCUAAGGCGGUUUGCUCCAUUAGGUUGUCUAUAGUUUGCUGACCAAAGUUACUGUAAUGUGCUUAAAUGUAAGGGAUAAUUUGAGAAAUGUUUGAGUUGUUGUAUGUCUGUGAUUGAGUGAAUUGAAAAUGCAAAUUCUGUAAAAUUCAUGAUGUGGAAUUUGGAACUAAAGGUCAUUUUGGGUGAUACAUUUGUUCACACGCAAUGCCUUCACUGCUCUUGUAAUGCGUAGCGGCAUACCCUGUUAGAGAACAUAACUUUGCCUGUUUUAUAGGAGUCUAUUAAACCAACCUGUCUUUUUUUAAAGGGCACUGUAUAGACCUUUUUGGAUUAAAUAUUUCACAUGGAUGGUGUUAUCUUUUUUUCAUUUUAAUCUCUGGCCAAUAAAUAAGAUAUUGCCAAAAAAGCCAUA